ACCGUACCGUCCGUCCCUGACGCUGAUAGGGGCUCGUCGUCGUCUUGCUCGGAGGUUAGAACGCUGCCAGUGAUCAGAGCAGACGGAUGGUGAAUCGGCUUGAGUAUUGGGAUUAUAAGUAUUAUUUGUGUUUGUUACGUUCGCGACUUCAUCUCAACAGCUCAACAAGUGAAUUGGCAAAUCAGCGAAAAUGCUGCGUUUAUUUCAACGACAACGCGAAUUAAUCGCGCCUGCGCUCACCAGGCAGCGUCAUGCUCGCGUGAUUGCCAUACGUCGGGAGGAUCAAUCGGUCUGGGAGAGACGUGCCCCAUUUGGACCCACACAUGUCCAGAAGCUGGUCAAACAGGGUGUCAAGGUCAUUGUCCAACCUUCCAAUCGACGCGCCUAUCCCAUGCAGGCGUAUAUGCAAGCUGGCGCUCUGAUCACGGAAGACAUAAGCGAUGCUUCGGUCAUAUUCGGAGUCAAGCAGGUGCCCAUUGAUGCACUCAUUCCGGGCAAAACAUACUGUUUUUUCUCGCACACGAUCAAGGCACAGGAGUCCAAUAUGCCCCUGCUGGAUGCCAUACUCGAGAAGAAAAUACGGCUCAUUGACUACGAGCGUAUCAUUGAUGAGCGUGGCGCCCGCCUGGUGGCGUUUGGCAAAUACGCCGGAGUCGCUGGCAUGGUUAACAUUUUACAUGGCAUCGGUUUGCGUCUGCUGGCCCUCGGUCAUCAUACGCCCUUCAUGCACAUUGGACCGGCGCACAAUUAUCGCAAUUCUUCGAUGGCUCGCCAGGCGAUACGUGACUGUGGCUAUGAGAUUUCGCUGGGCAUGAUGCCAAAAUCAAUUGGACCCUUGACGUUUGUAUUCACUGGCUCCGGCAAUGUGUCGCAGGGCGCACAGGAAAUGUUCUCCGAGCUGCCCGUGGAGUAUGUGCCGCCAGAGAUGUUGCGCAAGGUUGCUGAACAUGGCAAUCAAAAUAAACUCUAUGGCUGCGAGGUAAGCCGCUCGGAUCAUUUGGAGCGACGCGAGGGCGGCGGCUUCGAUGCAAAGGAAUAUGAUGAGUUUCCCGAGCGUUAUAUUUCAACAUUUAACCAGAAGGUAGCACCAUUCGCUUCGGUCAUUGUCAAUGGCAUCUACUGGGCUGUUGGCAGUCCCAAAUUGAUAAGCAUUCCCGAUGCCAAGAACCUGUUGCGUCCAGCCAAUACACCCUGGCUGCCGACUAGCAAAGGCAGUCCGUCGCUGCCACAUCGCAUGCUCGCCAUUUGUGAUAUAUCCGCCGAUCCCGGCGGCUCCAUAGAGUUCAUGAACGAGUGCACUACAAUCGAUACUCCAUUCUGUCUGUACGAUGCGGAUCGCAACAAGGAUACCAAGAGUUUCAAGGGUCCUGGCGUGCUGGUCUGCUCCAUUGAUAAUAUGCCCACGCAGCUGCCACGUGAGUCAACGGAUCUUUUUGGUGAACUGCUGUCGCCACACGUGCACGAUAUCAUCAAGAGCGAUGCCAAGAAACCGCUGCACGAGGAGCACUUUUCCUAUCCCAUACAUUCGGCAAUUAUCGCUAGCAAUGGUGAGCUGACUGAGAACUUCCAAUAUAUUCAAGAGCUGCGCGAUUCGCAGAACAAUCGCUCGCGCCACAAAAUGGAAGGCCGCUCCGAGUCGAACAAGAAGGUGCUGGUGCUGGGCGCUGGCAUGGUCUCCGCUCCGCUCGUUGAGUGGCUGCACCGCGAGAAGGAUGUCAGCAUAACGGUCUGCUCGCAGGUCAAAGAGGAGGCUGAUCUUCUGGCCCAGCAGUAUGCUGGUGUCGAUAGCCAAUAUCUGGAUGUGCAGGAGAGCACUGGUCAUCUGCAGGAGUUAUGUGGCAGGGCUGAUGUGGUUGUCUCCCUUCUGCCCUACAGUCUGCAUGGUAUGAUUGCACGCUACUGUGUGGCGGAACGCACCCACUUGGUCACCGCUAGCUAUCUGAACGAUGAGAUUGCAGCGCUGCAUGAGGAGGCGCGCUCGAAUGGUGUGACCAUUAUGAAUGAGGUGGGCUUGGAUCCGGGCAUUGAUCAUUUGCUGGCCCUGGAGUGCAUUCACGAGGUGCAGGAGAAGGGCGCCGUUGUCGAAUCCUUUGUCAGCUAUUGCGGUGGAUUGCCAGCACCGGAGCAUUCGAACAAUGCACUGCGCUAUAAGUUCUCGUGGUCCCCACGUGGCGUACUACUCAAUACUCUGUCGGCAGCCAAGUAUCUGAGUCAGGGUCAGAUUGUCGAGAUCUCUGGCGGUGGCGAUCUGAUGUCCUCGAAUCGCAGCUUGGACUUUUUGCCCGGAUUUGCACUGGAGGGUUUCCCAAAUCGCGAUUCUACCAAAUAUGGCUCGCUCUAUGGUCUGGGCAGGGAUGUGCACACAUUGCUACGUGGCACAAUACGCUACAAGGGAUUCUCGGAUUCGAUUAAACCGAUGCAGCUGUUGGGCCUGAUCGAUCCGGAGCCACAUGCAAUGCUGCAUCCGAGCGGUCCGGAUGUCACAUGGCGUCAACUGGUCACCAAUCUGCUGGGCAUGUCCGAUUCGAGCAUCUUCUAUGAGAAUUUAAAGCAGAAGCUUGUCGAACGUCUGGGCGAUGUGGAUUGUAUUGAGAGCCUGGGUCUGCUGGAUGAGACGCCGGUCGUGAAGCUAAACACCCCGCUGGACACACUGAGUCAUUAUUUAUCCAAGCGUUUGGCCUUUGAGCGUGAGGAGCGCGAUCUGGUUGUGUUGCGGCACGAGGUGGGCAUUCGUUGGCCCGAUGGUCGUCGCGAGGAGCGUGGCAUCAACUUUGUCGUUUAUGGCCAGCCGCAGGGUCACUCUGCCAUGGCCAUGACCGUGGGCAAGCCGGCUGCGAUUGCAGCCAAAAUGAUUCUGGAUGGUGAGAUCCAAGAACGGGGUGUACUUCUUCCCUUUACACCGGACAUCUAUCGACCCAUGUUGCAGCGUCUGCGCGCCGAGGGUUUGACUGCCACGGAGACUUCCAGAUGGCUCAACUAGAUUGUUCUUUAUUUGUCAUUAGCCUGCCGUAUUAGUAUCUAGCUGAUUGUUAUUUUCUGUAAUUUGUAUAUGUAAUUUUUUUUGUAGAUCCUAUGUGCAUACCCUGUUAUUUAUAUACCUGAUUUUCGUUCAGUCUUCAGCAAAAUGUAGAUAAAAUUUCUCUUGUAUCUGUAUUCUGUAUUUUCAUGGUGCUUCGGCAUUGCACAUUUCUACAAUGACUUCUGAUGAAAUUGUAACAAAGCCAGUACACAAAUAUGGUAAUGUAAUUUUAUAUGUUACUUUCAAUGAGCAUUUACUGUUUACUACAUUCCAGCAUUCUUGAUUGACAGUUUGUCAUUAAUGUAUUUGUAAUGCUCUACUUAAUCAGACGACAACUCGUUGGUUUUUUGGGUUAUCAGCUGAACUUGAACUAUGUGUUUUGAAAUAAAUAAAAUAUGUUGUUAAUGCUAUACUAUAUAUUUAAUGUGAUCUAUAUUAAGUCAAGUUUAUGCCAAUGAAUCCCAAAGUUCCCACAAUCACAAUCUCUCAAGUGCAGAUUAACCAGUAGUAAUUUGAAUGUGCAAUAAAAAACACCUCAGAUUUAUGAA